CCGUCCGAUCUCGCAGUCUCUUUUGACUUCGACUCUCGAACGGUUCAUUCCACAUAACGCGCACGAAAACAACUCGUCCUAAAGGGUCAACAGUUCUUUCUCCACCUUCAGCCACACCACCGUCCCACGAAUCUCAACCAAAAUGAGCUGCGGAAUCUCCAUGGUUAAAUAUAUCCUAUUUAUAUUCAAUUUGCUCUGUUCGAUAUGUGGCAUCUUGCUGAUCGUAUUUGGAGCCUUGCUGUUCAGCAACAUCCACAGCAUCGAUGACUUCGCCGAGGCCGUGAGGAACCAGCAGGUGCCGAUUACCAUGAUCGUCCUGGGAGCCGUUAUCCUUCUGAUCUCAUGGUUCGGCUGCUGCGGUGCUAUCCGGGAGUCCUACUGCAUGUCCAUGACGUACUCGAUUCUGCUGUUCGUCCUGAUGAUUGGACAGCUGGCCCUGGUCAUUUACAUGUGGGUGCACAAGGAGCAGUACCUCAAGUUGAUGGGAGAUGUGGUGGAGAAGGCCUGGGAGCGUCGCACUCGUCGUGCCGACUACAUGGAUGCCAUUCAGAUCAGCAUGGAGUGCUGUGGACGCAGCAGCUACGCCGACUACUCCUACCAGGGAUUCUUCCCGCCUUCCUGCUGCAAGGACACCAACAACUGCCGCUCGGACACUGUCUACAGGCGAGGAUGCAAGGGAGCCUUUGUUGAUUUCUGGGACAGGAACAGUGACAUUAUCAAGUAUUCCGGACUGGUUAUUGCAGCCAUUGAGUUUGUUGGCUUUGUCUUCGCCUGCUGCCUGGCCAAUAGCAUCCGGAACUAUCGACGCCGUGCGGACUACUAAUCCCUAAACUAUAUUUAAUUGAAACAAAAAGUACGAAUUAUGUUGCCCAAUUUACGAAUUCAUCACCUGAUACGGAUGGCCAUUGAAAAUUAACAUUAUCUCAAGUUAUUAUGCAGCGAAGCACGCAACCAAUUAGACAUGAUCGCGUUUUAAAGGAUCAUAAUAGGAUCAGAGUUACAUAUAUUGAUUGUGCUAAUUACUUAUUUUUUUAAUUACUGUACAAAUUAAUUUAUAAACAUAGAGAUUGCAAUAAACUGAGACAUUUAUUUUACAAAAAGAAA